GAACUUCAGGGACUUGAGUGGAAAUUUGAAAACCCUAUAAUCCUCCCCAAAACCUACCGCCCAUCUCGCGCCGCCGCCGUCUCCUCCUCCCCCACCCCAUCCCGGAGCUCUCUGCUCGCGCACCCUCACCUGCCCGCGCCGCCCUCCACCACCACCAAGAUGAACAAGGAGAGGCUCAUGAAGAUGGCCGGCGCCGUCCGCACCGGCGGGAAGGGAACCGUGCGCAGGAAGAAGAAGGCUGUCCACAAGACGGGCACGACCGACGACAAGAGGCUGCAGAGCACGCUCAAGAGAGUAGGGGUCAACACCAUCCCUGCAAUCGAGGAGGUGAACAUCUUCAAGGACGAUCUCGUCAUCCAGUUCUUGAAUCCCAAAGUGCAAGCUUCUAUCGCGGCAAACACAUGGGUGGUCAGUGGAUCUCCACAGACGAAAAAGCUACAAGAUGUUCUGCCUGGGAUCAUCAACCAACUUGGCCCGGACAACAUGGAACAUCUGAAGAGGAUUGCUGAGGAGAUGCAGAAGCAGGUGGCUGCUGCCGGUGCUGCGGCGCAGGUCAAGGAAGAAAACGAUGAUGAUGUUCCAGAGCUUGUUCCUGGAGAGACUUUUGAAGAAGUAGCUCAGGAGGCAAAAGCCUGAUCAUAGACUCCAAAUAGUGAAAUGUUACUCGACCACCCCUGUGAGGUCAUGGUUUUCGUGUGAUGGCACUCUUGCUCCACCCCCUUCCUCCCCUCCUAGGCCAGCACCAUCCACUCUUUGUGUUCGCAGUCUGGAAACUUUUAGUUUCUCCAUCCAAGCUUUUACCUAAGGUUGUGCAUGUCGAGAUGCCAUGGAAUCCAUUUUGCUGGUUUUGAUGAUUAUUGUUACGUUUGUGGUUGGUUCACAACAUACAUGAGCACCAGGUUGUACUGGGUCAUCACUCUAUAAUGUUUGUGUAGUUGUACCUGGUGAGUUUCAUUUUUUGCAA